UGCAUAACUUUUUUGGGGGGUUUUAAAUUUUGUGAUGAAUUGCCCAAAGUAUCUUGAAGUUCCAAGUUGUUGGUGCUUUUAAGCUUCACAUAAAGAGUUAAAGGUGGAUUAAAGCUUCUUUAUCCAGUCAGGUAUCUCACAGAUGUAUCAAACUGCAUCUCUUUUCCCCUCCUAAAUGACCAGGGAGGAUGAGAAUUUGUUCGUUAGUAUUUACAGACAGACCCACUUUGCACUUCUCUGUUGUAGCCCCCGACACGCCUGAAGAUGCAAGGCGAUGCCAAGCAACGUGCUAAUGCUAACUCCUCGCUCCCUUGCCUCUCUCAGCCCCUGAAGAAUUCAGGGGCUGCCAAAAUGCACGUCUGAAUCCGUAACUCCACGAGACCCUCCGGAAACCUCCAGAGUCCCGGCAGCAGCAACAGACAAAGGCCCCACCGUGGAGCGGAAAGCGAAAGUAGCGCGCAAGCCACCUUGCUCAAGCUCUCGACUCCCAAGUCCUCCCACUUGCGGACGUUUCCCGCUUUGCGCCUUUUUCCUCCCCAAGUUCAGCCUCCGGUUUCAGCGGAAGAAGCGCAAUGGCGAAGAACGUACGCUGCCGCCUCGGGGAUGCCCUGGAGGACUUGACGGAGGCUGAUCUCCGAAAGUUCAAGGCGAAGCUCCACCAAUUCCCGGUGAAAUCCGGCAACGAUAAUAUCCCCAAAGGGCGGCUGGAGAAGGCGGACGCGCUGGAUCUGAGCGAGCUCCUGGUCGGUUACUACGGCGAGGAUUACGCCCUGGAGGUGACGGCCGCGGUGCUGUCCGAGAGCAACUGCAAGCCCCAGGCGAAGGCGCUUCUCAGCGCCACCGGGAAAGGUGCUUGCAUUUCGGUUCCGAAUCCCAUGCCCCCUUUCAGCAUCCACUCAGGAAAAGCUGAGGUGCAUUUUGUUGAACGCCAUCGGGAGGCCCUCAUUCAGAGAACGGCCACAGUGGAAGCAAUUCUGGAUCGGCUGCAUGGAGAUGUCCUGAGUGAUGAGCAAUAUCAAAAAAUCGUGGCAAAGGAAACAAGCCAAGAUAAAAUGAGGGAGCUCUACAAGCUGCUGCCUAGCUGGAACCGUUCCUGCAAGGAUUGUCUCUAUGAAGCUCUGAAGGAAAAAAACAUGUUCCUCAUUGACGACCUCGAGGGACAGUGAGGCAGGCAACAGAAGUGAAAUACCAUCUCGGGGCAUAGAAAAUCCAGCUCCAUAGAUCACAAGGAUCCCAUAGAACUACGCAUAUAGCACCUUUACACAUAGAACGAUAUAGUAUCUUUACACAUACAGGCUAUAUUUACAGUUGACCUGGUUACUGGAUUGUUCCAUUUUUCUGAGUUCACGGAGCACAUCAAACCAUAAACGAACCAAACAGGCUGGGUUCACUCAAUAUGCCAUGUUACAGAAACAUCGAAACAAAUGUGGCAUGAUAUGGGAACGCAGCUGCUAGAUCUUUAAAUGACCCAGUUAAGAAUAUUGUGUGAACAAAGCCAGUGAUUAUCAUCACACAUAAGAACUUCACUCGUUUUGCUCCAUGCAAAGAAAUGUGGAAAUAUCCCUUUGAGAUGAAAAACCCAAUAAGGGUAACUGCAUUUGAGUGAAAGACACUAGGACACGGCAGGACACAGAUCAUCAUCACCCCCUUGAAUAAAGUUCAUUGUCCUUUUCCUCUCUGGGGGCAGCACCUCCAUAGCCUGACUGGAUAAGCUGCGGUGAGAGCUCCAUUCAGCCUCCAAUGCUUUUUCAGAAAGUACUUUGGAUUACUUGAUGAUUUUAAAUGUGGAUAGGAUUGAUGGAGGGAGGAACCAACUUAAGAGUAAAAAGAAUGAGAUUUUUUAUUAAUAUAGGUUUUACUCUGAGCGCUUCCACUUUACAUACAGUAGAUCACGUCCACAUUCCUCAUUGCCUUGCCUAUAUAUAGCCCUUGAUUGCAUUCCAAAUCAAAAACUGCCUCUUAUCCAAAGAAAUAUGUCAAUUUAUGCAAAAAUAACAAGCGUUAUCCAGAUGUUAUGGGGUGUGAUUUCCCCAGUCCCUUCUCACUGGCCAUGCUAGCUGGGGCAAGGGGAGCCCACAUCUGGAGCCCACCAAGCAAAGUGUCUCUCCUGCUGUAGAGAGUAAUUGGUUCUAGCCUCCGUCGUGAGGCCAAAGGUAGGGAAGCUGUAGAGCCAUGUUUCUCAACCUCAGCAACUUUAAGAUGGGUGGACUUCAACUCCCGGAAUUCCCCAGCCAGCUUGGGAGUUGAAGUCCACACAUCUAAAAGUUCCUGAGGUUGAGAAACACUGUCCUAGAGAGUAAGCAAGAUGACCUCGGUAGAGAUAUACAGCAGCUGUUGCAUAGGCCAAAGGGGCUAAAGAGUGUCGUUAAGUCCAGGCCGUCCAGAUAACAAGAGGCGGCUCAGACAGACACCUCCCUAAUUCACUGAACGAUAAAGAGGAGGAGGAGGAGGAGGUAUAGCAUAACCAGACUUGCAAGAUUCUGUUGUUAUAGCCAGUCUCAAUAAAAGUAGUUUUAGCCUUCCUGCGGAGCUGAUUUCCUGGUCUGGUCUACCUAGUGGGGCUGGCAGAAGCUCAGGAAAUAAUUGUCCAACUGCCCAGAUUCCAAGCAUUCCUUUUACUGGACUGGAAGCACAAAAGCUAGUCCAUGUUAUUCCUGAUGUUGUCUGAGUCACAUGUCUAGUAAAAUCAAGGUAGUCCCAGUGCAAGGUUGUCAUUCUAAAUGAUGCACUGUGAAAGGAAGAAAGGAUAGAAAAAGGAAAACAAAUUCAAAUACCAAAUGGCUGUGAGUCUCAGCGGGGUAGCGGGUGGACUUUCUUUGAUCCUGGUCUCAGUCUUAACAUUCCCUUUUGUUCCUUCUAUUAUCAGACAAUCUUGUCAAAAUUCCCCAAAUUUACACACAGACUUUGUUUUAGUAUGAAAUAAAGCAUCUUCUAGUUA